AUGACGUUCUUUAAAGUCGGACAAAGAAAAUCAUCACCAAUAGCCAUUAAAAAAGUUGACUCAUUAAUGGCACUAUGCUUGAUUUUUUUUUUUUUUUUAGAUAAGAAAGAAGUGGAAGCACAAAAAUCACAAGGUUCACAAGCUGUAGAUCUAACUGGAACAGUUGCCAAACAUUAUAAUGAGUUACAGGAAGCUGGCCUAGAAACUAGGAAAGAUAGUCGAAUUUUUUUCUUAAGAAAUUUUAACAACUGGAUCAAAAGUGUUGUAAUUGGUGAAACAAUAAACAGAUUAAGAGAUGAAAACAGGUCAGAUCUCAAAGUGUCUGUUUUAGACCUUUGUGCUGGUAAAGGUGGGGACCUUCUCAAAUGGAGAAAAGGGAGAAUUUCAAAAUUGAUAUGUGCAGAUAUAGCUGAGACGUCAGUAGAACAAAGUGAGGUUAGAUACAAUGAUAUGGUCGACAAGAAUUCCAGAGACAGAUACCCACAACCAAUAUUUAAAGCUGAAUUCAUUGCUGCAGACUGCACUAAAAAAAGAUUAAAAGAUUUAUACAAAGACCCUAACACAGAGUUUGACUUGUGUAGCUGCCAGUUUUCUUUCCAUUAUUGUUUUGAGAGUAUACAGCAAGCAGAGAUGAUGUUACGCAAUGCUUGUGAAUGUCUCAGACUUGGGGGAUAUUUUAUAGGAACAACACCAAACUCAUAUGAAAUUUUACACAGACUAAGACAGACAACAGAUAACUCGUUCGGUAAUGACGUCUACAGAAUAACAUAUCAGUCAGAUGACACAGAAAACAUUCCGCUAUUUGGUGCAAAAUAUAACUUUCACCUCGAAGGUGUUGUUGAUUGUCCAGAAUUCUUGGUUAAUUUUCAAGCAUUAGAAAAAUUGGCAGAAGAGUUUGGUAUGAAGUUGGUCCUGAGAAAACCAUUUGCAGAAUAUUUCAAAGAAAAAUCAGAACAUGGUGACCACAGUUCGCUGUUACGGAAAAUGAAAGCUCUUGAAACAUACCCUGCAGACAGAGAAUCAAAUUUAGUCAGUGAAAAGCCAGAAGAUUAUAAAACUGUUGAAGCAGUGGUAAAACAUCUUCAGGAGUCAGAUGACCAAGCGGCAGACGACAGACACAGACGACCAGUUAAAGUGGGGACCUUGUCUCAAGCAGAAUGGGAAGCCACAACUAUCUAUUGUGUAUUUGUGUUCCAAAAAGUAGUGGACAAAAGGACUGGUCAAACAUUUACACCAAAGAACCAAGAGACUCAUAAGAGACCAGCUGAUGACCAAAAUAGGACUGAUCAAUCUGAAAGCAAAACUCAAAAAGUGACAUAACAAUUUUAUCAUGUUGUUCUUUUUUGUAAUAAAAUGUUCAAAUGUC